UAAAAUCUAGGAUGCCCACCUGGGUUCCUUUAGAUUAAUACUUACUACACAGCUAACCACCCAUGUCUCAUGAUCAACUAUAAGUGAGGGAUUAUUCCUUUUAGUUGGUUUUUUUUUUUUUUUCAGUUGAAAAAUUAUUAAGAAAUCAUGGCUAUCAAAAAUCCCAUUUGCUUUCUUCUCUAUGUUUUGAUACCAUCAUUUGCUGCAUUCUGCUUAGCAAACAAUAAUGAUUGCCCUUCCAUUUCCUCCAAAGCAACUUAUUAUAAAACCCCUGAUGGUCAAGGCACUCCAAAUGGAGCUUGUGGGCUGAAAGAAUGGGGUAAAAGUAUCAACGACGGUAAAGUUGCCGCCGUCAGCUCUAAGCUGUUCAAAUGUGGUAAAGGUUGCGGUACAUGCUUUGAGGUUAAAUGCAAAGAUAAGAAAUGGUGUAGUGAGAAAGGCACAAAAUUAGUGGUGACAGAUUAUGGUGAAGGACCUGAAACAGAUUUCAUCAUGAGCCCUAAAGCCUUUGCAGAAAUGGCCAAAGAUAAAGAGUCUGAGAAUUAUUUGUUUAAAAAAAGCGUGGUUGAAGUUAAAUAUGAGAGAGUUAAAUGUCAUUAUUACAAUGAAGGAUCCGAUUUUGUUGUGAAAUAUGACAAGAAGAACAGCAGCUGGCCUGAUUACAUUUCCUUGAUAAUUCUCUACAAGGGUGAUGAGGAAUAUGUGGAAGAUGUUAAAAUCUUUGUCAAGGAUGAGAAGGAUAAGAAGGUGGAGCUGGUGCCAAUGAGAAGAGCAUAUGGAGCAGUUUGGGACAUUGCUAAUCAUAAUAUAAUUCCAAUGGUGGAGAUCAAGACCGGUAAAGGAGUUUGUUUUGAGUGGAUUGAAGGCGUGGAACCUAAAACAGUUGAGUGUGAUAUAAGGUCCGGUCAUCUGAAGCAGCCAGUGAACAUUUCAGAACGGAGUAGUGCAUCUCACUCUAUGUGAACAUAUUCAAAGUACUUACGUGGGAGUUUGGUGUGUUAUACAAACAUAUAUUUGAUGUAGUGUUAAUAAAAUCAAGGUCGUUGUUUCUGAUUAUAUAAUUGACGUGAAAUAUACGUG